UCGCGUGCUCACACAAAAUGAAUGAAGUAUCUGUAUGUAUUUUGGCAUUGAGCUAAUCAUUAGCUAUUGUACAUUAUUUAAAAGAGAUGGAUGAGUCAAAGGAUGAGAAAGCGCAUAAAGUCUUCAUAGAAAGGCUGACACUUGGUGUUACUCGAGUACUUGAGAGUCUUCCUGGAGUCCUCGAUGUGCGUUUCGCAGAAAGAGAGCCUGCAGAGAAACGAUGUUUGCUAUCAUGGGAGCAGAAAAACGCCUGUGUCUUGCCUGAGGACCUCAGAGACUUUUAUCUAACCACAGAUGGCUUGACUUUGACCUGGGGUUCAAAGCUUGAGAAUGAGUGUGUGUCUGUGGGCUGCAUGGUGAUUAAUAGUGUGGCCAAGCUCCGGCGGCUUGGCCAAUCAGCGGUCUUCUCCCUCCCCAGCACGCCCACCAUCGCUGACCUGGACUCUGAUGGAGAGGCAGAAGAGACUGGAAGAGAACAGCCCCGUUUUGAUUCCCGCAGUCGGAUCUUUGAGCUGGACCCCUGUGCGGGAAAUGGAAAGGUGUGUCUGGUCUACAAGAACUCCACAGAAGAUGAGGUGUCCCAGCAGUGUGAUGUGUGGUUCCUGGACCGCUCGCUCUACUGGCACUACCUGACCCCCUCGUUCACCGCCUACUACCGGCUCAUGAUCACACACCUGGGCCUGCCUGAGUGGCAGUACAACUUCACCCCAUACGGGCCCAGCCCACAGGCCAAGCAAUGGGCUGCCCUCUACCAACCGCUGACCUUCCACUCAGACCCUCACCUGGACUCUGCAGGUGAGCCGCUGCUUAACAAGCUGGACCCGGCCAAAGCCUUCAAGGGGAAAGCCAAGCAGCCGCCCCCCAAAAAGAAGGCCCCCACCCAGGCAUCCACCACGGGUUCUGGGGGCCCCCCUAAAAUGCAUGGGGGGUCAGGGAGACACAGUGCACUAAAGCGAUGACCAGAGCAUGUUAAAGGGAUAAAGCACUGAAUACGUGAUGCCUACAACAUUUAAGCUAGUUGGAUAUGCAAAGAACAAGGAAUGUGUUUUAAAAAGACUGACUGGAAGGCCUUCAUUUUAAAAUAAGUUGGUAUGUCAUGUCUGAUGGCUGAGAAUCAUGGUGAUUUGACCUUGAAUGAUGAUGAUGUAUGUACUGUAUGUGUGUAUGUCCCUGUGUUCACACCUUAACUGGAUGAAUAUGUAUUUUGCUAACACUAGCUUCUCACGGUUAGCCCCUGUUUUCCCAGUCUGUCCACUAAACUGUGAACACAGGUAUGUUUGUUCACUACCUCUUAUUUAUGUGAGAUCCCCGCUGUCAUAUAUUUAUUAAAUGUUAUUAACGAUUAAAAAUAUGCCUGAAACACA